AUCUGAUGCAAAGCGGCAGAUUUCUCAUUAACUUACCCGCUUGAAUAUAUUAAUGCGCAUAUUCUCCCCUCCUCUCUCCUUCAACCCCCCCAUAUCUCCCUCACUCCCUCUCCGUCUCUCUCCCUUUCUCUUUUUCUCCCUUUUUCAUUCUCUCACUCAUUCCAUAUCAGAAGCGCACAGAGCAGUGUCCGUGUGGGAUGCUAGAAGCCAAUGAGAUGAAGACCCGAUAAUAGAUGCAAAUGAUCGUGAAAAGACACCGCAAAAUAUGAAACAACUCAUUUGCAGCGGAGUAAAUCACAGAAAACUGUUUGUGAACUGGCACCUCAUACCGGAAUUGUGAUGCAGGAGCACUUCAGUGGAGACGAUUUUAUGGAAUCGGCAUGAUUGUGGCUUCAGCUAUUUAGAUUGGGUGUUUUGAAAUACAACUUUGUCCAUAUAUUGCUAACCAGCUUGGGUUCUUUUUUUAAACUCAAGAACCCUUCAGUUUCCUUCCUCUUUAGCGCUUGAAAAUUUUACAGUCACAAACAACAACAACAACAAAAGAUGAGUUCAUAUUUUGUCAACUCUCUCUUCUCCAAAUACAAAAGUGGAGACUCUUUACGUCCCAAUUAUUACGAGUGCGGGUUCGCGCAGGACCUUGGGAGUAGACCCACCGUGGUGUAUGGACCAGGCACCGGAGCAGCUUUCCAACAUCCCCCUCAAAUCCAGGAAUUCUACCACCACGGCGCGUCCACGCUCUCCAGUGCCCCUUACCAACAAAGUCCCUGUGCCGUAACGUGUCAUGGAGAGCCGGGCAACUUCUACGGGUACGACGCUCUGCAGAGGCAAACCCUUUUCGGAGCCCAGGACGCUGAUUUGGUCCAGUACAGCGACUGCAAACUGGCCGCUGGUGGCAUCGGGGACGAGACAGAAAGCACGGAGCAGAGCCCGUCUCCGACGCAGUUAUUCCCGUGGAUGCGACCGCAAGUAGCUGCCGGACGGAGGCGAGGUCGACAGACCUACAGCCGUUACCAGACACUGGAGCUAGAAAAGGAGUUCCUAUUUAACCCCUACCUGACCCGCAAGCGGCGAAUCGAGGUAUCGCAUGCACUGGGACUGACCGAGAGACAGGUCAAAAUCUGGUUUCAGAACAGGAGGAUGAAAUGGAAAAAGGAAAACAACAAGGACAAAUUCCCUAGCAGUAAGACAGAGCAGGAGGAGAUCGAGAAGGAGAAACGGGAGAAGGAGCAGGGCGCGGGGACACAGUCAUCCGGGGAAGACUGCGACAAAGCCAAGCAAAUGUAAGCUAUAGGGGGAUUUGGGAGAAGGGGGGAGGGGUCGAAAUCAGCACCGCGGAAAAGACAGUGAGAUUGAAAAGUGAAGAGGGGCAUGCGGUUGUCUCGGAAACAUAGCAGUCUUUGGCUGGUCGUUUCACGUUAGUUGUAAUCAGAUGGGAUGUCUUCUGACGGUGACAAAGAACAGGACAUUCAUGUUGUUGUUUGGAGACAAAAACGAAACAUUUGAACGGGAGCAAUGAAGCAUUCGUAGCCUACUUUUUAUCUGAUGUUGGAAAAUAUUUUAGUGUUAAAAAUAGCUUCCUUUCUUUGUGGAAAAAAUAUUGUGGGGAAAAACAUUUAUAUUGUUAGAAUUUUAUCAUUAACAAUUAUCCUGGCAGCUGUAUAGUUUUUAAGUUAAAUUGUGCACUUUUUACUGUUCUAACUAUGUUAUGAUGACGUAGCAAGUAAUGACUUCCAACAACAUGAAACUGCCUAUUUAUGCCGUAGGUUUUCCUCUUUUUACACUUGUCCUUAGUUUGCUUUGAUUGAUGGUAUUUUGUUGUCUUCCUUUCUUGGGUAAGCAUGCGCAAAAUGAAAAAAAAUAUGAAUAAAAAUAAAAAGGAAAUAAAAAGGUUGUCAUGUGACCCUCGUUUACUGUGAAACAGAAUGUGUACUGUACUCGUGAAUUCGUUAUGGAGACUUGAUUAUAUGCUUUAUUGUUCUUCAUCACUUUGUUCUAUUGUCUGAACCUGGAAGCGGUGGAAGAAAGAGGACCCAAUAAAGUUUACA